CUAUUGGAAUUGGCCGAGUUAAAUAAAUACCAUGGCUUCGAUCUUUUUCAAUAAAAUCAUCACGCAGUAAACAUAAGGUACAAGUUUAAGUUGUACCAUAAAAUAAAAGAAUUUGUACAAAAAGUAUAGGUACAAUUUAAAGUUGUACCAUAACGCUAAAUGUACAAUUUCAAGUUGUACCAUAAAAGCAAAAACCUAUAUCACCAAUGCUAUAUAGCAUUGUAAAAUUCCUCGGAAAUACAAAUGCAAUUAAUUAUUCAUCCGGUCCUGAUAAAAUCAUAUUUAAUUUCAUGCGUCAACUGCUGCCACUUUCCCCGUCAAAGCGUCGACUCCUGCAGUGGCCACUGUGGCAGAGUGGUAACUACCUCGCUCGCUGCGUCGUCAAUCUCACCAGCGGAAAGUUCCCAGAAGUGAAGUGGGCACUAUCAGGUAGGGUUCCUUACUCCCGCCGGUAUAAUCACUUCCAUCCGACUUCCUCACCCGCUCGUGGAUCCUCUCUCAGAAGAAUCGAAGCUUGGAAGGGCGUCUGGUCCAACACGAGGCAAGCUUGCUCCUUUCCCUUUGUUUCGAUUUUGGUUCCCCUGUUCGUGCUUACCAUCUUUCAGGAUUCAGUCUUCCCGCAAUUCAAUUUUAGUUCCAUUGCUGAUAGAGUAGUUCAAAAUUUUGAUUGAUAUUCAUGAUUUGCUUGAGUCUGGACUUUGUUGGUGUGCCCCAAGUUCGAUGCUUUUGAUUUUGAUGGCCGUCCCAAUAGGAAUUACCACGAGCUCCAAGUGUUCGAUAAAUUGCCUGAAUGAGAAAUUUCCGUCAAAAACUUAUAUGUUCCUUCCGUUUUCGUUCUUGUGUUUCGUGGGUGUUUUUUUCAUCAUCGAAAUGCAUCAAUUAGUGACUGUUUACUUCGUUCGUCAUCUUACUUACCUCGCUCGCUCACUCACCUGUUGAAGAACAUUUCUCUCGGCAUAGGAAAUGGCUAACGCUGUGCCAGCCCAGCUUGAGCAAUGGUGCAACUUGACGGACAAAGUGGUCCUCAUCACUGGCGCGUCGUCAGGUUUAGGCCUAGACUUCUGUCUCGACCUAGCGAAAGCCGGGUGCAGGAUAGUGGCUGCUGCUAGGCGUAUCGAUCGCCUGCAAUCUUUGUGUAAUGAGAUCAAUAAUCUCCCCUUCACAACCCCUCAAUCUUCUUCAUCCUCUUCAGGGGAGCUUAGCAAUCGUCUGCGUGCUGUGGCCGUUGAGCUGGACGUAUCAGCAGGUGGUGCUGCCAUUGACCAAGCUGUACAGAAGGCUUGGGAGGCGUUCGGGACGAUAGAUGCCUUGAUCAACAAUGCAGGCGUGAGAGGGAGUGUAAAGAAUCCGUUGGACUUGACUGAAGAGGAAUGGAAUCAUGUGAUCAGGACGAAUUUGACGGGGGCUUGGUUGGUUUCUAAGUCGGUUGGCAUAAGGAUGCGUGAUGCCAAGGUUGGAGGUUCCAUAAUCAACAUUUCAUCGGUUGCAGGUCUCCACCGCGGUCAAUUGCCUGGUGCUGUUGGAUAUGCUUCUUCAAAGACGGGAGUUAAUGCCAUGACUAAGGUGAUGGCGCUGGAGUUGGGGGUGUACAAGAUCAGGGUUAACUCAAUAUCGCCUGGAAUUUUCAAGUCUGAGAUCACGAAAGGUUUGAUGGAGAAAAAAUGGCUGCCUCGGGUUGCUGAGAAAACACUCCCUCUACAAACCUACGGAACUACAGAUCCGGCAUUGACAUCGCUCAUUCGAUACCUCCUCCACGAUUCGUCGCAGUAUGUGACUGGCAAUAUUUUCAUUGUGGAUGCUGGAGCCACCUUGCCAGGGGUCCCUAUUUUCUCUUCACUUUGAGAGAAAGCUUGCAUGUAUGUAUCAAUAUCAUAGUAGUAAAUCAUAUUCUGGUAUCGUUGUUAGUCUGGGUUGGUUUCGGAUUUGGAUCGAACUCUGUGUUCCAUAAAUUGCCAACAUUUGG